AGAGCUGUGAAAAUAAUACUGACAUGAGUGCCGUGAUUACUUGCGGAGUGCUCACUGUGAGUGACACCUGCGCCGCGGGAACUUCAGAGGAUCGAAGUGGACCCGUGUUGUGUCAACUGCUUGCUUCGGGCGAGCUCGGCAUCCGAGGAGAGAUAAUAGCGAAGGACAUUGUGCCUGAUGAUGUUGGUCAGAUCCAGAGUGUGUUGGUGAAGUGGGCAGCUGUGGAGAAACUGGAUCUCGUGGUCACAACUGGUGGUACGGGGCUGAGUCCGCGAGACGUCACACCUGAAGCAGUACGAGCCGUGAUUGACCGUGACAUAUUCGGGAUGUCGUAUGCCAUGAUGGCUGGCUCUUUGGAUAUCACACCCAUGGCCAUGGUGUCACGUCCAGUUUGUGGAGUGAAAGGUAAUACAAUCAUUAUCACGGUUCCUGGAAGCCCAAAAGCAGCUGCUGAAUGCAUGAAAAUCGUCAAGCCAGCGCUUCCACAUGCCUUGGACUUAGUUAAGGGAGCGAAUAAAUCGGGAGUCAGUCAGCUUCACAGUAAAAUGCAGGGACAUCGUUGCCCUGGGCAUUCACAUUAUUGUCCCGAGUACGCGGCCCUCAAUUCUCUGGUACCCCGGCGAGUUGAAGCAACAUCCGUUUUCAGGAGAACGGUUACCGAAGAAAGUGACGCACCUGUUGCAUCAGACCCAUCAAAUGUCGCUCGUCGUCAUCGUCACUCACCGUUUCCCAUGGUUUCCAUUGAAACAGCCUUGGACGCUGUUCUAAAGAACAGUAAAGUCUCUCCACGAGCUCCGGACAUUUUGGAUGUGCGAAAGUCAGUUGGAAGAGUUCUGGCGACUGAUGUUUCCUCAUCUUGUGAUAUUCCGCCAUUUGAUGCCUCCAUCAAGGAUGGUUAUGCUGUGAAUGCUGCAGACGGGCCAGGAGAAUAUGCGGUGAUGGAUGCCAUUACAGCUGGCAACAGUUUGAAGCAAGAUUUCACGUUGCAAGAAGGGUAUUGUGUUAGGAUCAGCACGGGUGCUCCGUUGCCACAGGGUGCAAAUGCUGUUGUACAGGUCGAGGAUACAGUAUUGUUGGAGUGGGAUGAAGAAUCAAAGGAAGAAAAGAAAAUCAAAAUCCUGACCAAUCCAACAACUGGACUAGAUGUGAGGACCAAGGGCAGUGACCUGACAAAGGACACCUUGAUCAUGAGAGCCGGAACGAAGUUGAGUCCUGCAGACGUUGGAAUACUAGCAUCCGUUGGAAUAACUCGAGUGUCUGUCGUCCAAAAGCCGAAAGUAGCUGUUCUUUCCACGGGCAAUGAAGUAAUGGAUCCCUUUUCCCACUCUUCCGGCGACUCCGGCAUGGAUUUACCUUCGGGAAAAAUCUGGGACUGCAACUCGACAACUCUGACUUGUCUCGUGGAAUCGAAAGGUCUCGGAGACGUGGUUGUGUGUCGAACAGUGCCUGAUGAUGUAGUCGAGCUCGAGAAGGCAUUGCGAGACAUUUUGAGCGAAUGCGACGUUAUCAUCACGUCUGGCAGUGUUUCCAUGGGCGAGAAAGACUUGCUCAAGUACGUUUUGCAGCAGAAACUGGGUGCGACUGUUCACUUCGGUCGCGUGAACAUGAAACCCGGGAAACCCACUACAUUUGCCACCACUUCGGACGGGAAGUUGCUUUUCUGCCUCCCCGGAAACCCCGUGUCUACAUUUGCAACUGCACAUUUGUUCGUCGUGCCUUGUUUGAGAAGACUGUGUGGAGAAGGUUUGCCGAAUAUUUUGUGGGUGGGUGUAGAGCUCGGAGAGGAUUUUGCGCUUGAUUCGCGACCCGAAUUCCAUCCCGCGGUGAUUCGUAGACGAGGGAACAGGAAGUUACCCCUUGCCUUUUCCACUGGGGAUCAGCGAAGUAGUAGACUCAUUAGAGCCAGUGGUGCUGAUGUGCUUUUGUUUUUACCCGCUGCGGAAAAUUCUGUUCUCAGGAAGGGUGAAAUUGUUGAAGGACUCCUCCUAAAAUUUCCUGUGGACCAGAAAAAAUUAUGCAGACUGGCACUGGUCUCCAAACCAUGGGUUGGGGAAAAUGAUUUGUCGGUGCUGCCCAACUCCAAAGUGACCAAGGGCCACAUAGCAGAGAUUACGAAACAGACCCAGGGAGUACUGUACAAAGUUUCCUGGAUGGAAGAUGUCCACAAAAAUUGUGAUAUGGAAUGCGAUCAGAGUGAGGAGAUCUCAAGCAGUGAUGGGCGUGUGGUGCCGGCGUGUCAACAGCAUUUUGCUGAUUUUCGCGACUAUGAAUCUGAUGAUGACGAGGAAGAACCGUGUUCUUCAUCCAACAACGCUUUGUUCUGCUUGCCAGUUUAUAAUGGGACGCAAGUGUCAGAGUCGGAGAACAACCCAGGUUCUUCCUUGAUGACCAUCUCUGGUCGCAAGCACAAGAUUUACACGGAAGCGUUCAAAGAAGAAGCUGUGCGUUCGAGUCGCGGAUUGAGUUUGAAAGCUGGAGCGGGUGUUUGUAGAAUUGAUCCGAAAACUUUGGCAGUGUGGACGAAGGAGGUUGAAAAGCGACAGAAAGCCUGUUGUGCAUCAGAAAAUCCAGAAGCUGCGUUUGUCGCUUGGCUUCAUGCGACGUCUGUGGAAAAUCAAGCCAUUGAUCGAAAGUCCGUCAUUGACAAGCUCACCGAGUUUUCCGGUGCUAUUAAUAAACUGAAACCGAAAGGUUGGUUCGUCCAAUGGACAGCAAAAGUUGUUCCAGACCUGAUGGCUGGAAUAACAGUUCCGCUGGACUCACGCAUUCAGUUCCCGUACAAAUUCAAGCACAUUGUGGUUCAGCUGGCCCAACGCCAAACUCAGCGAUCCCUUUCAGUCGCUUUAUCAAUUUCGAGGAAACAAAUUGCAGAUUGGAUGAAGAACUGUGAGACGAUAGUGUUUGAAGCUGCCAAGAACUCUGAGCGAACUGGGCGCAGGUUCGGCGUAACUGCUGUGAAGCAAGAAAAAGCAGAAAAACGGUUGUAUGAAUGGUGCAUGAACCGACGUCAAGAACUUGGUUGUCAGCCAAAGUUUGAGGAAGUGCAGCAAAAAGCAAGAGCUUUGUUCAUAGCGAGUGGAUUUCCGAGACUGAAGUGUUCGUACGGUUGGUACAUGAGAUGGAAGAAUCGGUAUGCAGUGGAGCAAAUGAAUCAUCCGUAUGACGAGGUUCUGGUCAUCUGGGUUUUGGAGCAGUAUGACCUGAAUGCGAGUCUGACUUUGGCACAAUUCCUGACUGCGGGAGCAGAAGUGAUAGCGAAAAGUUCAUCCAAGCCCGUGUGCAAAUUGUUGGCCAAGGACUGGGCCAUAAAUUUCGCCAAACGGAACGUGGAUUUUCUUCAGGUGACUGAUGGCUGUGCGCUCGAAUCAAAGUUACCAGAAGAGCUUUGUGACAAAUUCAAAAUGUUUUGCCGUGAUUUCUCAACUCUUGAACAAUUGUAUCAGCCCGGAAGCAUUGGGAACGUCGAUGAGAUCUUCCUUACUCUAGAGAGUGAAGGCAGAGAUGGGAAGUUGAAACUGUUCCAACCAUCUGGACCCAUGGGUUAUGCCUUGAGCACUGUUCUCUUCUGUAGUCUGGCUGAUGGUCGUCUCCUGCCUCCGUUGUUGACCCUGAAUCAGGAUUGCAAAAACGAAGCCAGCGGCGUGCAAGAAAUCAUCAUGCCUGCGAAUUGCGUUGUCGUGAUCAGCAAAAACGGAGAGACAAAUGCGGACGUUUUGAAAAUCUGGCUCAAGAAAAUCUGGACUCGGUACGUUUCGGCACCGAGUUUGUUGUUGUUGGAUAGUUACCCUUGCCACGACGAUGAAUCGUGGCGUGAUGCCUGCAACGAUCACGGAGUCACUCUUCAUCAUUUCCCACUGGGAUCAGCUUGCAGGAAGCAGCCCAUCGAUGUGGCUGCCAAGAAAUAUUUUAGCGAAAAGUUUGUGGACCGAUUGCUGACGUCAGUUCCCCCUGGAAGGGAGGUCGAGUCGAAGAUACUGGCCAUUUGUGACGCAGUGGUUGCUGCUUGGAGAGCUGUAGGGAUGGACAGGAAGGAUCUGUUGAAACUAAGCUUUGACAAGCUUCGCAUUUCCGAACCGGAUGCAAUCUGAUUAUCUGAGGACCUAUUGGACCCGGCGAAGGAACUACUGCGAAAUUUUGUUAUUGAAACGAAUGUGAUCCAUCAAUUUUCAAUCCGGAGUGUGUAGAAGAUUGCUUUUGUGUUACCGGUUAUUACACGAACGGUCAUUAAUUUCGCUGAUGAACAUUUCAAUUACACCCGGUGAUUGUUUUUUUUUAUAUACCAAUG